UGCGUGAUGACGUCAGCACACUUCCUGUCCUCACGCGAGUAACAGUUGCGCUGCACGCUUUUUCUGUGCCUGCUCAUACAGCAAAACUGGAUUUUAAAACAGCUUAAACGAAACACCACUUUCACCAGGUCGUAGAUUGGCAACAUCCUUCAGCAAUGUCUCGAUUUUUUGCCACUGGGUCUGACAGUGAGUCAGAGGAGUCCUCAUCUGCCGAUGAGAUCACCCCUAAGGCACCCGGAGCCACUUUCAAGCAGUCGCUGCUUCUUAGCGAUGAUGAGGAGGACACAAAAAGAGUGGUGCGCAGCGCCAAAGAUAAAAGGUUUGAAGAGUUGACGAACCUCAUAAAGACUAUCCGCAACGCUAUGAAGAUUCGAGACAUGUCCAAAUGUCUGGAGGAGUUUGAGCAGCUUUGUCGAGCCUUCCUUAAAAGCAAGAAUAUAGUGGAUAAAGAGGGUAUUCCUCCCUUCUAUAUCCGCCUUCUGGCUGACUUGGAGGACUAUUUGAACCAGCUUUGGGAGGAUAAAGAGGGGAAGAAGAAGAUGAACAAAAACAAUGCAAAAGCUCUCAGCACCCUGCGUCAGAAGAUCCGCAAGUACAACAGAGACUUUGAGUCAGAAAUAGCAGCAUACAAGGAGGUAAAGUCAAAGACUAAAUCUUCAUGUUUAUUUUCUAUGAAUUGUAUGAAUCUCUGGGGGGGUGAGAAACCCAAAAUGUUUGCUAAAGGCACCGAGAUCAACACAGCGGUGGUGGUGAAGAAGCUGAAUGAGAUCCUGCAAGCAAGAGGCAAAAAAGGAACAGACAGGGCGGCUCAAAUUGAGCUAUUUCAUGCUCUGGCAGCCAUCGCUGCAGAGAAUAACUUGGGCCAAGGUAUCCUGGUCAAGAUCAAGUUCAACAUUAUUGCCUCCUUGUACGACUACAACCCCAACCUGGCAGCCUUCAUGAAACCUGACAUGUGGAAGAAGUGUCUGGAUUGUAUAGAUGAGCUGCUGGACAUUCUCUUUGAGUACAACAACAUCUUCAUCGGAGAGAACAUCGCAGAGGACAGCGAGAAUCUGGCCGUCUCCGAUCAGCCUUUCAGGGUGCGCGGAUGCAUCUUAACCCUGGUAGAAAGGAUGGAUGAAGAAUUUACAAAGAUCAUGCAGAACACUGAUCCCCACUCUCAGGAAUACGUUGACAAUCUCAAAGAUGAGGGCAGGGUUUGUGGCAUCGUUGACCGGCUGCUCACCUACUUGGAGAACAAAGGCUCCACAGAAGAAAUUUGCCGUGUCUACCUGCGCAGAAUCAUGCACACCUACUACAAGUUUGACUACAAAGCUCACAGACGCAGCCUGGGCCUGCAGGGAGAGACCAAGGUGAGAGACGGCACU